CUCGCUUGUAAGCAUGAGCGUCCCGGCGGCUGCGCUCGGGUCUGUGCGGCUCUCCAGAGCUCUCCAGAGCCGCAUGGGGUGUCUCCGGUCACUCCAUGCGGCGGGCAGCGGGUCGGAGCUCCGGCCCGGAGCCUCUUCCGUCAGGAGGAACCUGGACGUCCAGACGACGACCGACACAGGGAGGCUGAAGACCAUCGAUGACCUGCCGGGGCCCAGCAUGUCCAGCUCCCUGUACUUGAUGCUAUUCAAAGGAUAUUCAGAAAAGUCGCACCUAAUGCAGGUUUUACAGAAGAAUCAGCACGGGCCCAUUUGGCGCUCUAAGUAUGGUUCGUUUGAAAUGGUCAAUGUGGCGAGUCCGGAAUUCAUAGCUCAAGUGAUCCGGCAAGAGGGUCGCUACCCGGUCCGAGUUGAUAUGUCUCACUGGAAGGAUUACAUGGACCUGAGAGGGCACGACUAUGGUCUGCACACGAGCUCAGGAACAGAAUGGUACCAGAUCCGCAAACAGCUGAACCCCAAAAUGCUGAAGCUGGGGGAAGUGUCGGUGUAUGCCUCCAGCAUCCAAGAGGUGGUCGGAGAUAUGCUGCAACGCAUUGAGGUCCUGCGCUGUCGCAGUCAGGACCAGGCCACGGUUCCGGACAUGGCGGCUGAGCUCUACAAGUUUGGCUUUGAGGCUGUCUCUUCAAUCCUGUUUGAAACCAGGCUGGGCUGCCUGCAGGAGGAUAUUCCCAAAGACACACUGCGAUUCAUCGCCGCUGUCAACACCAUGUUAUUGCUGUCUGAUGCCGUGCUUUUUACCCCACGCUGGAGCCGCAGCAUCCUCCCCUUCUGGAAACGCUUUGUUCAAGCUUGGGACGUCCUCUGUAGCGUAGGCCAGAAACUAAUCGACAAGAGGAUGGCUGAAAUCGAGGCUCGGGUGCGCAGCGGUGAGCCGGCAGACGGUCUGUACCUGAGUUAUCUGCUGUCCAGUGAAAAGCUGAGCCGAUCCCAGAUAUACAUCACCAUCACAGAGCUGCUGCUUGGAGGAGUUGACACGACGUCCAACACCUUGACGUGGACGCUGUACCACUUAGCGCGGGACCAGAGGGCCCAGGAGCUGCUGUACGGGGAGGUGAACUCCGUGUGUCCCAACAAACGGGAGCCGACCACGGACGACCUGAGCAGGAUGCCCUACCUGAGGGCCGUGAUAAAGGAGACGUUACGCCUUUAUCCCGUCGUACCUGGAAAUGGACGCUAUGUUACUGAGAACGAGGUGAUUGUGGGCGACUACUGGUUCCCAAAGAAGACUCAGUUCCAUCUGUGUCAUUUUGCCGUCUGUCACGAUGAGGCAAUGUUUCCGAAUCCAGAGGAAUUCGUCCCGGAGCGCUGGCUCCGCUCUCAGACGCCCGGCUGUCCUGCACCCAGCUUCGACAAGCCCCAGCCGUACAGCUAUGUCCCGUUUGGUGUCGGGGUGCGAGCGUGCGUGGGGAAGAGGGUGGCAGAGAUGGAGAUGCAUUUUGCUCUUUCACGGAUGAUGCAGCACUACAAGGUCAAGCCCGAGAAAGGCGCCCCGAUCGUGCACCCUAAUACCCGAAUCCUGAUGAUCCCCGAGAAGCCCAUCAACCUGCGCUUCCUGACCAGGGCCGAGUGACGAGCGGAGAUCAGUGACUCCCGAAGGUUUGGAUUCAAGUGUUUUGACUGCAAUCGUCUGUUUGUAUGAUCAAGUCGAAGAUUGAAUACGUUUCCCUUUCCCGAAAUACAAAAAUAUUUAUUAAGCUCUCGUGGUGGGAUUGCAUAGAUUAUAUUAGUCCAGGUCUUUCUACAUAGUCAGCUUUUCCAGCUGGAGGUAACUGAAUGUUUUCCUCCUCACAGUUUCUGGAAGGAGACGAGGACUUGAAGGCUUUUUUGCUUUGUGGUUCUCUAGACUAAUGAAAUUGGCUCAUCGGCUGUCUCCACAACACAUACACACUCAAACACAAACACUUGCUGUUAAAAAUGUGUGUGUGUUUAGAAGCCGUACAGGGUGAACACUGCCCCUCUUUGACAAUGAGUGGAAAUGCAGCUUUUACAUAACCUGGCACCCCAUUUCUUUCAGGAGGAAUUCUAGUGCUUUUGUUUCCUUUUGAAUCAGCCACGUUGAAAGUUGUUUCACAUUUAACACAAGGUUAAGCAUUAAACAUAAAGAAAAGCUUUUUAUGGCGGAGGCAAGGAAAGGAGGAUUUAGGAAACGAAAGCAACAGGAGGCAGAAGGAGGGAAACAAGGAGGCAUGGAAAGGAAGGAGGAUUGUGUAAAGGGAAAAGUUGUUGCACUUUUUUAGGUUUCCUGUGGGAAAACUGCAAAUAUCUUUCUUUAAUUCGAGAAUUGUUGCACAAGAUGUUGAUUUAACUUCAAGGUUUUGCAUUUAUAAGUUACAAACAAGAACAUGCAGCUUAAAUAAAAGAAUACUUUAAAGCCAUAAUCUCGGUAUUCUCGUGUCUUAGUGGAUGUAACUUUGCUAACAAUGAAUGUAAUUUUUCUAAUAUGCAUUUUAAUAUGUAAUUUAGUUAUUCAUGUGUUUAACUGUUUGAAAUGCUGUUACUAAUUAAAAGGUAUAUACUGUUGAGCCUCCUCCCUGUGCUUGAGAUUACAGAUUGGGGAACAAAAUCCCAAUGUGGAAAUAAAAGAUGAUUGAAAUGG